UACGGUGUAACACCGGAUGUGCUCACUUCUCAAUGUGACUUACAGCAGCUAACGUAGCUAACACAUUCAUGCUGUAAUACCGCCUUCAAGAAGUGACUUAAAGUCUACAAAAUGUUUCUUACCACCGUUAACUUGGCCAAGGCAAAGUCCAAGACGGUGCUGGUGCAGAUGAUGAGCGCUGCUGGGACAGGUUACUUCUUCAACACCAAGAGGAACCGGCUCAGGGACAAACUGGUGCUGCGCAAACAUGAUCCAUUUGUGAACAAGCACGUCCUAUUCUUUGAGAAGAGGAAGAUCAAAUCGAUUUAACAAUGCACAGAAAUAUAUGGACAACAAAAACCUGUGAGGUUUAAACAGACGAUUUAAUAGUUGUGGAAUAUACAAGGUGUUCUGCUGACUUGUUUUCAGAGGAUUUCCUCCUGGAUCUGUCAAAAGGCCUCUACUCUCUCCCGCUGCACUAGGUCAUUGAUGAUGGAAACCUUGAUUACCACCCAAAACAAGAAACCACCACUCAUGUGUCAAAGAGAUGCUAUUUAUUGGGACCAACACAGCUGUUUUUGUCUGUGUAGUCAUGGAAUGACAUAAUUAUGGUGCUGCUUUAUACAGUAUCACUCAUUAUGCUUCAGUCAAGUGUUGUACAUUUUUUAUUAGAACUGGGUAACUGUACGUAAACCACUCACUUGUCUACUUGAGGAAAUCAAAUAAAUUAAGUCAAUAAUG